AGAAGGAGCACACAUGCACAACCUUGUUUGGAAGAACUUUCAAGGAUUUUCAGUUGUUGGAAAUAGCAGAGGAACUUCAUGUAGAUAAGCUGAUCCCAUUGAGUCUUCGAUUAGGUCUGAACUAUGCAAGGAUCUGCAGAAUUCGAAAGGAAAGCAACUUUCAUUCUGUAAAUGUUUGCUACAACGUCAUGGUGCAGUGGCAGAAGGAACAAACAGCUCAAAACGACCAGGUCGAAACUCUCGCCAGGAUUCUGGAGGACUGCCAGGAGGGAAGGAAAGCAUACAAGAUCCGCAAUAAUCACUUGGGUGUCACCAAUGAGGGGAAGACAUUGCUCAUCAGUGAAGACCGGCAUAUUAAAGGAGUGACAGAGGUUCAGCUCAAUGUCACCCAUUCCAAUCCGUCGGUGAGGAAAGAAGCACAAGGUAAUCUACAAGCUCUCCUAGAUGCCAUUUCCUCAGAGAUUAGUUUGGUCCCAUCCACAGGAGUAGCAGCAGAAUUUUUAGAGGAGCUGAAAACAUUCAGCAUCUUGUGUAAGCGACACUCAGACUUGGUGAAGGGCUUGGAGAGGAGCAUAGGGAGGAGUGGAUUAUACAGGCUAAUUGGAUUGACUGUAGAUUCUAUUCAUUUCAAUGUGAAGGUGUACACCAUCGAAGGUCUACGUCAGCUUCAAAGAGAUGUCCAAAGCGGCCGCAUCGGACAUCAGCUUGGAGAGGUGCUCAUCUCUGAAAAAACCAAGCAGCAAGUUCAAGAGGAAAUCGUUCUAGAUGUUGCGCCGGAAGGAAGUAGCGCUUGGGAUGUACUUUCACAUGCAGUCAUCGACCCAAUCCUUCGGAGCACUAGUCUGUCAACAGAUUUUGAGAAGAGGGAAGCAUUGAAAGAAGACAGAACAACAUCAUCAGAUGUCAUGGCCCACCAAGGACACCCAGUUGUCCGGGAGCCAUUGUUAGAAAGCAGGUAGUCACUCAGGAAGAAGGAAAUUAUGGUCUCCUAGCUGGUAAUUCUCCUUCGGCAACACCUGGAGAAGUUGCUUCAGUGGCAUCUCAUAUAACAAUGAGACAGGAGAAAUGUGGGCCAGACGAUGCUGCGGACAAAGAAAAAGAUUCUGCAACAAGCGCAGAGAAAGUG